AUGCGUUCAGAUUCUGGACCAAUCGCACUUCGGAAGAUGUUGCCAUUUUCGAGACGUGGUGGUCGAAAACCCAGUACAUCAUCUGAUCAUGCAAGCGAUGAAGAUCACUUGUUGAUGGACGAAGAACUGGGUCAAAAGAAGAAGAGAUACACACCAAAUAUUGUUAUCAAUCAGAAAUACAAUAUAUUUACUUUCCUACCACUUGUACUUUAUGAACAGUUUGUUGUCUUUUUCAACCUUUACUUUCUUCUUGUUGCCUUGUCACAAUUUGUCCCAGCAUUAAAGAUAGGUUACAUUGUUACUUACUUUGGUCCACUGAGUUUUGUUCUCUUGGUAACUAUCAGCAAAGAAGCCAUGGAUGACUAUCAGCGGUACAAACGGGACAAAGAAGCCAAUUCACAAAUAUAUCAACGACUCUCACCUUCUGGUCCCCAUACAAUUCCAAGCUCAAAGAUCAGUGUUGGAGAUCUUAUUAUCGUAAGAAAGGAUCAAAGGAUUCCUGCAGACAUGAUCUUUUUGAGAACCACAGAAGAGACUGGCGCAUGUUUUAUCCGUACAGACCAAUUGGACGGAGAAACCGACUGGAAAUUGAGAUUAGCACUUCCGUCUAUGCAGAGACUUUCCGGAGAUACUGAACUAAUGAAUGUAGAGGGAACAGUAAAUGCCGAUGCACCUCACAAGGAUAUCCACAGUUUCAUGGGUACCUUUACCUACCUUGACAAAACAACAAUGGCAGAACGUACAGAAUCUCUCGGAGUCGAGAACACUCUUUGGUCAAAUACAGUAUUGGCUUCUGGAUCAGCUAUUGGGUUUGUAGUCUACACUGGAAAAGAUACUCGUGCGGUAAUGAAUACAAACCAUCCAAAAACAAAGGUUGGGCUGAUUGAUAUAGAAAUCAACAGACUGGCAAAGAUUCUUUUCUUAGUUACCUUGUGUAUGUCAGUUAUCAUGGUUGGCCUCAAUGGAUUUCAUGGUCUUUGGUACAUCUAUGUAUUUAGAUUUCUUAUUCUUUUCUCGUCAAUCAUUCCUAUCAGUUUACGUGUGAACUUGGACAUGGGAAAAACAGUUUAUGCUAGACAAAUUGAAAACGACACAUCAAUUCAGGGAACAAUUGUUCGGACAAGCACACUUCCUGAAGAAUUGGGACGUAUUGAAUAUCUCUUGACUGACAAAACCGGAACACUGACAAAAAACGAUAUGGAACUUAAGAAAUUGCACAUGGGUACAAUGUCAUACAGUCUUGAUACUAUGGAUGAAAUCCAAGCACAUCUUGCCUCUGCCUGCGGCAAGAUGAAUAUGCCUGGUAAAAGUCGACGAAAUAUUGCAUGGCGUGUUAAGGAUAUUGUACAGGCGUUGGCAUUGUGCCAUAAUGUAACUCCUUCAUUUAAUCUCGAUGAAGAAAUUACAUAUCAGGCAGCCAGUCCUGAUGAGGUUGCAAUUGUCAGGUGGACGGAGCAGAUGGGUAUGGUUCUGGUUCACCGAGAUAUCAAUACCAUACGGCUUCGGAUCACGGCAACAGGAGAGUAUUUGGAAUUCGAGAUAUUGAAUGUGUUUCCAUUCACAAGUGAAAGCAAGCGAAUGGGUAUCAUUAUCCAAGACAAGCAGACACAAGAAAUUUUCUUUUAUCAAAAGGGAGCUGACGCAGUUAUGAGCUCUAUCGUUCAAUACAAUGAUUGGCUAGAUGAAGAGUGUGGGAACAUGGCCCGAGAGGGUUUGAGAACACUUGUGAUUGCAAAGAAAAAACUGACAGAAGAAGCAUACGAUCUCUUUAAAGAAAAAUUCCAUGAGGCUGAAAUAUCAAUGCACGAACGUAACGAAAAUAAGCAGGCAGUAAUUGAAUCCCAUCUAGAGACAGAACUUGAGCUGCUUGGUUUGACUGGUGUAGAAGAUAAGCUUCAGGAUGGUGUAAAGAAUACAUUAGAAAAUCUUAGAAACGCAAGUCUCAAGAUAUGGAUGUUGACAGGUGACAAAGUAGAGACUGCUACAUGUAUUGCAGUAUCUUCCAAGUUAGUUUCCCGUAACCAGCAAAUCUAUCAAAUUACCAAAGUAUCAAGUACUAUGGAAGCAUUUGAUGAAAUUGACAAUCUUCAGUCGAAAACAGACUGCUGUCUUGUAAUAGACGGAGAGUCCUUACAAUUUUGUCUUGAUGCAUGCAGAGAGGAGUUUAUUGAAGUGGCUACAAGGUUACCUGUAGUUGUGUGUUGUCGUUGCUCGCCUACCCAAAAGGCUGACAUAACCUGCUUAAUAAAGGAUUACACAAAAAAGCGAGUAUUAUGUGUUGGAGAUGGUGGAAAUGAUGUUAGCAUGAUUCAGGCUGCAGAUGUAGGUGUUGGUAUUGUUGGAAAGGAAGGUAGACAGGCAUCUCUAGCAGCAGAUUUUUCUAUAACCCAGUUUAGCCACCUGACUAAGCUCUUGUUGUGGCAUGGAAGAAACAGCUACAAGCGAUCAGCCAAACUCUCUCAGUUUGUUAUCCAUCGUGGUCUUAUCAUUUCAGUGAUGCAAGCCGUAUUUUCAGCCUUGUUUUACUUUGCUCCAAUUGCUUUGUAUCAAGGAAUGCUUAUUGUUGGUUAUGCUACUCUUUAUACAAUGGCACCAGUGUUUUCUCUCGUUCUUGACCAAGAUGUAAAUGAAGAGAUUGCAUUAAUGUACCCUGAACUCUACAAGGAUCUAACAAAGGGUCGAUCUUUAUCAUACAGAACAUUCUUUACAUGGCUUUUGAUAAGCGUUUACCAGGGUGGCGCGAUUAUGGUUCUAUCUAUCAUUCUGUUCGAGGAUGAAUUCAUCCACAUUGUUUCAAUCUCAUUUACUGCUCUGAUCUUUAAUGAACUUCUCAUGGUCGCUUUGCAGAUCAGUACAUGGCAUAAAAUCAUGCUUCUAUCCGAAAUAACGACCAUGUUAAUUUACAUUGGAUCAAUGUGGCUUCUGCCAACGUACUUUGACAUGUCAUUUAUUUUGACCGAGAGAUUUGUCUGGAAAGUAGCAGUAAUUACUGCCGUCAGUAGUCUUCCUCUUUAUAUUGUCAAGAUAAUUCGACGUCGCUUUGCACCACCUAGCUAUACAAAACUCAUAUAG